AUGACUUCCUCAGGUCUUCCGCUGAGCGUUGCUGCUUCGCUGCAAAACACCAAGGCCGAGUACCGCCGGCUCGGGAACUCUGGUCUCCACGUUUCGGUUCCAAUCAUGGGCUGCAUGUCCAUUGGAAACCGUGAAUGGGCCGAUUGGGUCAUAGAUGCCGAAAAAGCUCUGCCAUUGCUCAAGGCCGCUUACGACAGGGGACUAAAUACUUGGGAUACGGCGAACGUAUAUUCCAAUGGCGAUAGUGAGCGGAUCAUUGGGCAAGCUAUCAAAGAGUACGAAAUUCCUCGUCAGAAAUUGGUCCUCAUGACAAAAGCUUGGGGUGUUACAGGAGAGAAACAGUUUGCAGCGUACCCGAUCAUGGAUGAGCUGAGAAAGAGUAAAGACUAUGUUAAUCAGUUUGGGCUUUCGCGAAUCUCUCUCAUCAAUGCUGUAGAGGGUGCCCUUGCACGUCUCGGAACAACAUACAUUGAUCUGUUUUGGAUUCACCGCUUUGAUACUUAUACACCCAUUGAAGAAACCAUGCAGACACUGCAUAAUUUUGUCGUGGCUGGCAAGAUCCGCUACAUUGGCGCGUCGAGUAUGUGGACAUAUCAGUUCGCUAUGAUGCAGUUUUGCGCCGAGAAGCACGGAUGGACCAAGUUCAUUGCCAUGCAAAACCACUACAGCCUUCUAUAUCGAGAGGAGGAAAGAGAAAUGCACAGGUUCUGUGCUGCAACGGGUGUGGCACUAUGUCCUUGGGGUCCACUAGCUCAAGGAAAUCUCGCCCGCCCUGUCUCUGUUCGGGGAAGCACGCUUCGCUCAGCUAAUGGUGGCGGGGACCCUUCGGCUACUCGUAAGGAGUCUCUCGCUAUAAUCGAGCGGGUGCAAAAAUUGGCUGAACAGAAAGGGUGGACGAUGAGUCAAGUGGCACUAGCAUGGACUCUGAGGAGAGUCUGCAGUCCUAUCAUCGGUUUCAGCACGGUGGAUCGAAUUGACGAUGCGUUGAGUGCUCGAGGGAAAGAAUUAAGCCCCGAUGAAGAGAAAUUCUUGGAAGAGCCAUACACUCCAUUGGAAAUCGAAGGACACUACUAA